UGGACUUCGGCCAAGUGGUUAUCUCGACGAAAACAUAGACCACUUCUCCUACUUCUUUUUUCUCACUCGCUUACGACACUCGCCCUCAUUCCUACCUUUAGAUGUGAGACAGCGACUGCAAUGCGUCUAUGGAUAUCAACGCAGGCUCCUCAAAAAGGAAAAAUUCGGGCUCAUUUCAUUCGGAUGUUGUCAAGAGACCGAAGGAGACCGACUCCAUUGACCGGCAAUGGCAGCAAUAUGGCCCUAUUGACCCGCCCGAACCCCCGAAAAGCCGAAAAGACUUUGAGAUAGUCAUCAUCUGCGCUCUUACCCUCGAAGCCGACGCUGUUGAGGGGCUAGACGUCCUCCCAGAUUGCAAGUGGUACGCAGAUGGGGUCAGGGGAUAUGGCAAAGCAAACGGCGACCCUAACACCUAUUCUACGGGCUAUAUCGCCGGUCAUAAUGUCGUUCUGGCGCACAUGCCUGAAAUGGGGAAGGCCAAUGCGGCGGCCGUGGCAUCCAAUUGCCGUAUGAGCUUUCCAAAUAUCCGCCUGGCAUUGGUUGUCGGCGUUUGCGGUGCAGUUCCCUUCAGAGUCGUUGAAGGAAACGUCAAAGAGGUUGUGCUGGGUGAUGUUAUCAUAAGCCAUGGUGUUGUUCAAUACGACCUUGGUGCCCAGCUACCCGAUCGCUUCGAACCAAAGGACACGCUCCUGUCGAGGCUGGCUAGGCCUGCUCCUGAACUUCGCGGUUUUAUAGCCAAGCUGAAAACUCGUCGCGCCCAGCAUAGGCUAGAGUGCAAUACUUUACGAUGCCUCGAGGCCCUUCAGACGAGAACCUACCUGGAUGCUCAAUACCCUGGCACAGAUCAAGACAGACUGUUCAGGGCGACAUAUGAACAUGUCACCGAGAAGAUACCAUGCUCGCAAGCCGGAUGCAACGAUGAGCUACUGCCCCGCACCCGCCUUGUUCAGGACAACCCCAAGCCUGCGGUUCACAUCGGCCUGAUUGCUUCGGGAGAUACGGUGAUGAAGUCCGGGAUACAUCGUGAUAAAAUCGUAGAGAGGGCUAAAGAUAUCGUCGCUUUUGAGAUGGAGAGCGCCGGCGUCUGGGACGUCUACCCAUGCGUGGUCAUCAAGGGCGCUUGCGAUUACUGUGACAGCCACAAGACAGGAGAGUGGCAGCCGUAUGCUGCUGCCGCGGCCGCAGCUGGCUUGAGAUCCUUCUUGGAGGAAUGGGUUUCUUCAUCAAACAACGAUGCUCCUUUCCAAGAUUUCACAGGCAUUGCACCAGUGCAAGCGCCGCCUUUGGAUAAGUCUAUAGCGGAGUUAGCACCCAGCGUCUCAAGUCUUGACAGUGAGAUGAAACAGAAAUUGAUUGACCUACUAUACUUCAACCGCAUCGACGAUCGCUUGACAAAUCUUCGAGCCGCUCAAGGGAAUACUUGCCGUUGGUUUUACAAUACCCCUAAAUACCUCGCCUGGCGCGAUACAUCGCUCCAAUCGGGUCAUAGCGGCUUCCUCUGGAUCAAAGGCCACCCUGGCAUCGGCAAGUCUACACUUAUGAAACUACUUUUUGAGGAGGCAAGGGCAAAGGCAAAACAUGAUCCAUCACAAAUCACAUUAUCCUUUUUCUUCUUGGCACGAGGUUCUAUCGAGGAGAAGUCAACGCAGGGUCUCUAUCGUUCUCUUCUUCACCAGCUCUUUGAGAAAGCCAAAGAUCUUGAAAGCGCUCUAGAGUGGAUGACCUCCAGUGGUGCGAGAGGGGUUGCAGAAAACGGGUGGAAUGAGGAGGCUCUCAAGCAAACGCUGGUGCAUGCUGUUUCUCAGCUCCGGGAUCGCUCCUUGACAAUAUUUGUUGACGCUCUGGAUGAGUGUGACAAAAGUCAAGCCAUCAAUAUGGUCGGAUUUUUUGAAGAUUUAUGUGAGCGAGCCCGAGAAACGAAUACUCGACUGAAGAUUUGUUUCUCCAGUCGGUAUUAUCCGGAUAUCCGUACCGAGGAAGAAAACCAAGUUGCGCUCGAAGCUGAAGAAGGACAUGACGAGGACAUCAAGAAAUAUAUCAAAGCAACACUCAAAGUUGGCGGUCGAAGGCAGAUUGAAAAUCUUCGACUGGAGGUUUUCAACAAAUCAUCUGGGAUUUUCCUCUGGGUCGUCUUGGUUCUCGAGCUUCUCAUCAGUGGGAAUGAUAUCUCUGUUCAAGCCAUGAGCAGGCGUCUCAGGGAGAUACCCCCCGGACUUGAUGAUUUGUUUGAGAAAAUCAUGACAAGAGAUGGAGAGAACCUUGAAAGACUGAGGUCUUGCCUAAAAAUUAUUCUCUUUGCUGAGAGAUCCCUCAAACCACAAGAACUCUACUUCGCUAUUCAGCUGGGCCUCGGCAUUGACAAGUCGGGCUACUGGGAUCACGAAGACGUCCAGUUGGACGAGAUGAAAAUAUUCGUUAGGACCUCAUCCAAAGGCUUGGCAGAGGUCACACGAAACAAGGCCUGCGAAGUCCAGUUUAUCCACGAAUCCAUCAGGGGCUUUUUGAUGGGCAGUUACAGUGAGAGGUGGUCUGGAUAUUCGGAAAACCUUGAGGGCAAUUGCCAACUUUUUCUGAGGGAUAUAUGCUUGGCUCAGUUGAUUGCCCCUAUCACAGAGUUCAUCCAUAUUCCAGCAGUCUACCGUGCGCCAACCGUUACACCAUCAGGGCAACAGGCAGCAUCGAAUCAACUGAGAUCGGAGCUGAAUCUGAAAUUCCCGCUCUUUCAGUAUUCGAUCCUCAAAGUACUUUACCACGCCAACCGCGCCCAACAAAACGGCGUAGACCAGUCUGCGUUCCUUCAAGAUUUCCCUUUGAAACGCUGGGUGAUGAUGACAAACGCCCUUGAAAAGCGCACCAUUCGGCUGUACUCAGAUUCGGUCAGCCUGGUGUACAUUCUCGCCGAGUUCAAUCUGACGAGCCUUAUACAAGCCACAAGAGCUCACCUCCAACCCGCAUCAUAUUUCACUGUUCAGUGCGAGCGGUACGGGCCAGCGAUCUUUGCUGCAUUAGCUUGCGGGAGUCAAGAGGCCGCAUGUGAAAUGUUGACAGACCCCAGAAUCUGUGCCAAGCUUCCAUGCGGUACCGCGCGCGAAGUAUGGGCAGAACAUGCUAAGACCGCAGUGAAAGAGAACAAUCUAGGCAUUCAAUUCGUCUUCUCGGCCCGAAGACAUAUCUUUGGCCACCUCACAGGCUCAGGUGAGGUGGUUGCUCAAGCCUACAUCCUUUCAGGCGCGGACACGGCAGUUGGGUCGAGAAAUGCGGAUAUUUCUGCGUAUGAAAACUUCAUGAAGCACCUCCCUGUCCAGGGCUUCAAACUCGACACGCCACCGGUUGGGGAUGCAGUUAGACUUGGCUCGCUGCUGUGGCCAGCGGGGAAAGGCUACAUAAUUUUACUGCAGCAGAUGCUCAAAGCAGGCGCAGACGUCAACGAGAUCGAUUCUGACGGCAACACACCUUUACUGUCAGCAGCUCGUGGUGGCCAUGCUGCUGCUGUGCAGCUACUGCUCGAUGCAGGCGCUGAUGUCGAGCCAAAAGAUAAUGCUGGCGCAACUUUACUGUCACGGGUCGUGAGUUUCAACGUAGACAACACCAUCACACAGCAAUUACUCGAAAGGGGCGCCAACGUACACUCGAUGGACAACUCUGGUCGAACGCCGCUCUCGCAUGCUGCGUCUAUGUCAACUUAUUCCGGACAUACAAAACAGCUACUUGACGCAGGCGCCGACCCAGAUUCGAGGGACAAUUCUGGCCAAACGCCGUUAUCAUGGGCUGCAAGAUUGUGGAGCACCGAAAACGCAAAGCUGCUACUUGACGCAGGCGCCGACCCAGAUUCGCGGGACAAUUGUGGCCAAACGCCGUUAUCAUGGGCUGCAAGAUUAUGGAGGACCAAGAACGCAAAGUUGCUACUUGACGCAGGCGCCGAUCCAGAUUCGCGGGACAACUGUGGUCGAACGCCGCUCCUGCACGUUGCUCUCAAUCCAACAUAUGCGGGAGACUCAAAACCGCUACUUUACGCAGUUCCCGACCCAGAUUCGCAAGACAACUCUGACCCAAACCUGUUAUUUCGGCCUUUCAAUGCCGAGAUUUCAGAGCUACUACUUGACGCAGGCGCUGAUCCAGAUUCGCAGGAUAAUUCUGGCCGAACCGCGUUAUCAUGGGCUGCAGAUGAGGGCUAUCUAACUAAAGUAAGGAUCCUACUUGACAGAGGUGCGGACAGAGACUUGAAGGAUAUCAAUGGGGAAACGGCGAUGUCACACGCCAGAAAAGGAGGACAUUAUGGUAUUGUGGAGCUACUCAGCAAGGACGGCAACAGAUGCUGA